UUGACAUUUAAACACAUGUUGGUUCUUGAAAAUUCCGUCAUGGAGUUUUUUGAAAAAGCGCACGUUGCUAAAUCCAAUAAUUCUUCACGAAAAGAGCAUAAGUCUGAAGAAAAUGUGAAGAAACAAUUAAAACAAAUGCUGUAUGGUUAUCAGCAUAGUGACAACGCUCUUAUAAGAGAUUCGGUGAAUGUGGCAAAUGAACUUGACGAUUCCUCUUCAGUAAGUGGUUUCUCAGACCUAAACUUGACUAUUUCGAGCUCUGCGGCUGAUACAUCUCAAGAGACGAUAGAUACAGACUAUAAGGAUGUAGAUGCGUCUAAAGUUAGUAACCUCAGCCUAGAAGAAUCUGUAAAUGAAAGUUUUUUGUAUGAUGAUGUUAGUAACAAUCAAUCUUGUAAAGAAUCCAUAAGUGAAUACAGUGAAGAUGUAGAAUCAUUAUCCGAAGAUAGUUUCCAUGGAAAAACGGACAAUACAUCCGAUAGUGACAAAGACACAUUAGAUAGUAGUUUUAUAGAAACUUCCACUGAUAUUGAUUCUGAUUCUGAAGGUGAUUCAGAAUUUGAUGUAGACGGUGUUCUCGCAGCUAAAAUUCUAGAGAAGCUUAACACUAAGGAGAGUAAGAAAAAUAGAAAAAGAAAGUUAAAUGAAAUGGAAGUGAAGAAAAAGUCCAAAGAACCAUUAGGUAGUACUCCAAAAUACAAUGGUCCAUUUAGGCCAGAAGAGGAUUCAAGUAAAAAUGAUGAUAUGAAAGUGGGAGAAUUAAGUGAUGGAGUGAACAAUAUAAAACUACCUAAAACUAAAAAGUUUAAUGGGCCUUAUAAACCAAAGGAUGAUGAAAGUUCUGAAGAGGAUUUAGCAGAAAACUUCUCCUUAAAUGAUACGUCAUUAGAUUCAGAUACUACAAAUCAGUCGUCACCAUUUGUGUCGGUAAUAGCAACAGAUAUGCAGAGCGAAAGUCUGGCUGACAUCCUUGGGGAGUACAGACAUCCUACUAUAAGAAACUUACCAUCAGAUAAGCAAAAUGUUGUUUUUGCAGAUGAAUAUGACUUAUUUCAGACUGAUGAGAAAAAUGUGAGUGUAGUUGACAUGCAAACUGAAGAUGAAGUCGGGAGUUUAAUACCAGAAGUGGAUAAUGUUCCAGCCGUUGAGGAAAUAGAUCUUGACACAACAGACUUUGAUGCAAGCAUCCAACCCAAUGAAGAUAGUACAGCUCUUUAUGAUACCAUACAAUCAGAAGAAACAUCUGAGAAAGAACUUACAGAUUUAGAAGAAAGAAAGCCUAUUAAUCCAGUUAAAGUAUAUUAUGGCAAGAAUAACAGUUGUGUAUUUAUAUUGCAACAUCCAGCACAAAUGUACAUACACGGGAAGGUGAAAGUGAGGGCUCUAGGAGGAUCCAUUGAAGUACAAGGAUACACUUUAAAAGAUAAACCAUGUGAGGUGUAUGCACCUAAUUACAACUACGCCCAUUAUUUGAGAACAGUGGAAAACCAGAAUGCUUAUUAUGGCUUGUUUGGGAAACUGACCUCUGUUGGAAUGUCUGUAUCUGAAGCAGAAGACAUAGUCACGACACUCGGUGAAUAUGAUGGUGUAGUAUGCAUGCAGCCUUUGCGGAGUAAGAAAAUGGACUUUGUGGAGAACAAUUUCUCAGUCACAGAUUUAUUUAGUAAACCCAAUAAGAAUAUAGAGCACUGCUUAAAGAAAGCUUCUCAGAUACUUGGCUGCUCUUUGUACUUGACAAGACCUUGGAAAUGUUUUGAGGAGAAUAUUAGUUGGAAACAAGCUAUCAAAUAUGGUUCAAAUAAAAACAGUAGGGGCAUAGUGUGCGGCGGCAAAGGCACAGGCAAGUCGACAUUCCUGCGGUACUACGUUAAUAGACUGGUGAGCACUGGGCCCGUGCUUCUAGUAGACCUCGACCCUGGCCAGUGCGAGGUCACCCUCCCCGGGAAUGUAUCCGCCACCGUGCUCACAGAGCCGCUACUCGGACCUAACUUUACGCACUUGAAGACUCCGCAGAUGAUGUUGAAUGUGGGCAUGAUAAACACAAUGGACAACCCGAGACGAUACGUCGCGGCCGUGGAGGCGCUAAUAGCUCACUGUUCCAACGAUCCACACCUCCGAGACCUGCCAUGGAUAGUUAAUACUAUGGGCAUGACCAAUAACUUGGGGCUCAAGUUCAUCUCCUUAAUAAUUCUGCACACACAACCCACAUUUCUUUUACAAAUCGAUUCUAGAAACGCUAAAAAGCGCUAUGACUACCAUCUCUACCCUCAAACAGUUAAGAACCUAUACUUUGAGGACUUCCAAAAUGAUCGUCUGUUUAAAAGCGUGAGGGAUGUAAAUAUUGAGUACUCUUUCGUCCUAAGCCACCAUGCUGAUAAUACUGUGAAGAAUAACUUCUCACUAGCGCCGAGAGACGAGCGCUACUUGAAUUUCUUGGCAUAUUUUGGGGAGCUGAUUGACACGAACCAUGAAGAUCUACUAUCAAUCGUGCCUUACGAGGUAAAUCUAAAGGAUUUGAAUAUCGGACUGAACGUGAAAGUGAGCCACGAUGCUGUCACCAAGGUGAUCAACGGCAAAGUGGUAGCGCUGUGCCAACACUCCGGCGAUAGGAGGCUGUUUACACUGGCUGAUACGCCGUUACGCUGCUUCGGCGCCGGGCUGGUGCGCGGCGUGGACGAGGCCCGCGGCGUGGUGCUGGUGCUGACGCCGCAGCGCGCGGCCGCGGACACGCUGCUGUACGCGGCGUGGGCGCCCGAGCUGCGUACCGAGGCCGCGCUGCCGCCCGGCCUGCCCGUGCCCUACCGCACCGCAGCGCGAUACGACCAGCGACAACACAUGUUCGCGCCCAAGAGGCGCUUCAACCCAGUGCAACUACUUAAAAUGUCGAGGAGGACCUAAAUUGAAACCUUCGAGAGUAGUUAAUAAAUUUGUAAUUGGAAUAGAUCCAAAAUAAUUAUCUUAAAUAAUAUAAAAGGAAAUCUAAUUAAUGUUAAUUUCAUGUAUAUUUGAAAGAUAAUUUUGUACUUACAAUACUAAUAAAACAUAACAUAGA